CCUCCAAAGUACCUCCAGCAGAAAUGUCAGGGGACAUGGAAGCCAAGAUCUGGGGCUCCACACAGAUCAGUGUUAAGGAAUUCUGCUAUGAGUGGACCAUUAGCAACUUUUCAUUUUGCAUGGGGGGAAUUAGGAGAAAGAUUAAAAGCCCAGUGUUCUCCUUAGAGGCCAAUGAGGAAGUGGCCUGGUGUUUGAGAGUACACCCAAACGGGUUUGAUGAAGAAAGCAAAGAUUACCUGUCAGUUUACCUGGUGUUGGUCAACUGCCCAAAGAGACAAGUUAGGGCAAAGUUUGAAUUCUGGAUCAAAAAUUCCCAAGGAGAGAAAUACCAAUAUACGCAGAGCUUGAAUGUCCCUAGCUUUCAGAGAAAGCAAAACUGGGGAUUCAGUAAGUUCAUCCUUCGAGAUUCCCUCCUCUCCCAUCGGAAUUGGCUUCUACCUAAAGACAAGCUCACCCUCUGCUGCAAGGUGAGCAUAGUAGGAGCCAUCUUAAACAUGCCUGGACAGAACAUGAUACCUGCAAUCAAGGAUCCAAGACACAUGUUGACAGAUGACCUAGGCAAGCUGUGGGAGAAUUCCCUCUUCACAGACUGCUCCCUGUUGGUAGCUGGCCAUGAAUUCAGGGCUCACAAAGUUAUCCUAGCAGCUCGCUCUCCAGUUUUCAGAGCCAUGUUUGAACCUCAAAUGGAAGAGAGACUAGCAAACUGCUUUGAGAUCCAGGAGCUGGAUUUUCAAGUCUUUAAAGAGAUGAUGGACUUCAUCUACACUGGGAAGGCUCCAACCCUCCAUAGCCACUCCAUGGCCUGUGAUGUGCUGGCAGCUGCUGACAAGUAUGGCCUUGAGGGCUUGAAGGUCAUAUGUGAGGAUUCCCUCUGCAGGAACGUCUCUGUGGAGAAUGCUGCACACACUCUCAUCGUGGCUGACCUCCAUAGCACAGAGCAGCUGAAGACUCGGGCUCUCCAUUUCAUUGCAGUUCAUGCUUCUGAGGUCUCUAAAAGCUCCGGGUGGAAGUCAAUGGUGGAGUCCCAUCCCCACUUGGUGGAUGAAAGAUUCCGCUCCCUGGCUUCUGCACAGUGUUUUCUUGGAGUCAUCAUUCAAACGCCUUAAGGGAUUUUAGGAGCUAGACAGAUAUGACCAACACCUGUC